AUGAGAACAAUCUGUGGGCUAACAAAAUCUACAUCACUCAAAUGGCUACCAGUGCUGGGUAACAUUGAUUCUCCAAAACUUCGAAGGGAACAAGCACUUAUAAAAGAACGGAAUAAGUAUACCGGUAAUCUAAACCUUCCCAUACACGUGGACCUAGCAAAAUUACAAUAUACGCCACCGCUCAAAUCUCGAAUUUGCUUAAGUAUUUUUUAAAAAAUGUAUAUAUAUUAUUUUUUAUAAAUGUAUUAUUUUACAUUAGGAAAUACAGAGAUACUAGAAUUAUCAUCUAGUAUUAGUGAAGAAGAAAAUAUGGAAAUGGAUUAUUACGAUACAAAUACAGACAUGAUUCACUAUUUUUCCACAUCUCAAGGGCAUGGGAAAGGUGUGGCAAGGCAUGGCAAUGGGAAGGAGGUCUUGACCAAAUUUGUACAAAAAAACUUUCUUAUAACAAUGAACAAAUUGAAGGGGUCCUACAUCAAAAAUUUGAAUAUAGACUAGAAUAAGGACCACCCUAGUAUACAUAAAGGGAUUAGAUGUCGGUUGAGCAUCAACAAAAUCAAACUCUUGACCACGGCAUCCCAGUUUACAAUGCCAUAUUUGACAUUGACAUAA